AUGCGCAGGAGACAGGGGGCUGCUGGGAUGGGCGGCUCGACGCGCAAGCGCGAACUCUCUGCGGCCCCGCCUAGUUGUUCUCACUGCGGUCCGCCUAGAUCUGUACCCAGCAGGCUGAGGCGAGGCUCGCGGCCGAGGAGAGUGGCGAGCCAAGGCUGGAGGCCACGUCCCAUCGCUGUCACCUCCGCCCUGCUGACUCGGCGCCUCAUACCCCCUUCCCCUCCCCACGCUAGACCUUGGGUGCUCUGGUGCCCCUGCCGGGCCAGCCCUGCCCUUGUAUCCCUCCGCCGUUCCCCUGCACGCGGCUGGGGGCGCCCCGCCUCUUCCUGCGCCGGGCGGCUGCUUGGCGAUGCUAGUCAUGAUCCGAGGGGCUCCAGGGGGCCUUACUCAUGUUACUGGUCUCAACUGGAGUAUUGUGUCCAGUUCUGGGUGCCACAUUUCAGGACAGAUGAGGACAAAUUGGAUAAAGUCCAGAGAAGAGCAACAAAAAUGAUUAAAGGUAUAGGAAGCAUGAGCUAUGAGGGUUCAACCAUGCAGACUCCCUGCACCAUCUUCAUCAUGAUGAACGGGACACAGAGAGGCAAAAUUCUAGUGCUGACUACUCAGAUUUCACUCAGCCUCUGCUUAGAGAGGCUUCUGCAUAGCACCAAAAAAUGUGUGCAGUGCUCAGCAAAGUGAACAAGGCUUUAGACUGAUUCUCCACUGCAUUCUGGUUCUAUACCUGUGUAGCUACCCUGAUUUCAAUAGUUACAUGAGCUUUAAUCUGUUGUUUCACAGUGUGAGCAUGUCUACACUACACAAUUAAGUCAACCUAAGUUACGUUGACUUACAGCCACCGUAGUAAUUAAAUUGCUUUUGCAUGUCUGCACUACGCUCUUUGCGUCAUUACCAGGAGCGCUUGCACUGAUUUAAUUGUCAGUGUGGGGCAUUGUGGGACAGCUUCUGAAAGACAGCAACAGUCAAUGUAAGCAAUGCAGUGUCUGCUCUGGCACUGUGUCAACCUUACUACAUUGACCUAAGCGCUACGCUAUUAAAAUCUCCUGAAUUGCUUCCAGUAGUCACCAAGAGAUGGAUGCAAAUUCUGGAAGACUCCAGGCCAAUCCUGGAGGGAUGGCAAUCCUAAAUUUGAGGCUUCAGCAGUCAGUCUGCUAGUCUGGAGCAAGGU